UGUGAAUAUGGGAGCUCCAAAGCAUAAGUGGACACCGGAAGAAGAAGAAGCUCUUAUGGCAGGAGUACUCGAACAUGGAAUCGGAAAAUGGCGUUCGAUUCUCGCAAACCCUGAGUAUUCCUCUGUUUUGCACUCUCGCUCAAAUGUGGAUCUCAAGGACAAAUGGAGAAACAUAAGUGUAGCAGCUACUUGUGGAUCUAGGAAGAAGGCUAAGCAAGGUGAUGAUGGAGGACAACAGAUUAUUCCAGCAUCUGCUCCUCUUGCACUCUCAUAUGAGCCACCACAAGAUCUCUUCACAAGUGUGGAUAACAUGAUUUUGGAGGCUAUAACUAACUUUACGGGACCGUUGGGUCCUGAUAGAAACUCAAUCUUGCUGUAUGCAGAGGUGAAAGCUAAUAUGCCAAUGUAUAUGGAACCGCUUGUGACUUCAAGACUUGAGCAUUUGAUCAAUAUUGAAACAGUAGUUAAGAUAGAGCACAUGUACAGUGUUUCUCAGGGCUAUGCAGCUGCAAAAGCAAUAGCAGAAGCGGAGUUGGCACUAGCAGAAGCGGAAGUAGCGGCAAGAGAAGCGGAUAACGCAGAAGCCAAGGCCGAAGCUGCCCGUAUUUUCGCAAAAGUUGCAAUGAAAGCUUUGAAAGCAACUCGGUAAGAGAUAUUUGUGAUGUUGUUUCUGUGCUGAUAGGGGAGACAGAUCAUGUCAUGUCUGAACCUUGCAUCUAAACUUGCACCUUUGUUAUGUCAGAUUCUGUUUAAAACCUUCUCUCUCUCUCUUUUUUUUUUUAAAGUUGUUGUAGUAACUUUAUUACCUUCAGGUUUCUCAUGACCCAUUUAGAGAAACUGGUUUGAAGGGAAACAAAUAAAAGCUUUUGAACCAUUUUAUGUUUUGUGAGUUUCCAAAAUUGCAAAAUGCUUUAGAAUAGAAUACAAUCCACAUCUAAUAUACAGAGACAAGACUGGACCAGCAGCAGAGACAAGAAAAUAGAGACAAACUCUUCAACCAUCAUCAUUGUCACGCAGGCACCACACAA